AUGUUGGAUUGUGGCGCAACAGCGUCAGCGGGUCCCGAAGCAUCAGCCAAGAAGUUGAUCAGUUUCCUUUUGCACUAUGACCCCAACCUCCAAGUCAGUUUCAACUACCAAAAGCGUCCAUAUUUUCGAUAUGGUUCUGGCAAAUGGGGUCGUGCUAUGUAUCAUGCGGUCAUCCAUCCUAGUUGGGAUUCUUCACGAUGUUUUGAGCUCUACGUGUUGGACAAUCCUGCAGAAUAUGGUCAAGAUUGGUUCACUGAUGAUCUAUUGGUUCCCAUUUUGGUUGGCAUGGACUAUUUGCAGAAGACUGGUUUGAUUUUGGAUUUCACUGAUGGUCAUGCGGUGAAUGGUCAUGAUGUUAACCCUGAGCCUUACACCAUGGAGAAAAACGUCAAGGGUCACUUCAUGGUCAACAUUGCCCACUAUCUCUUCGGCAACCUCUCUGCGACCGAGGCCGGCAACCCAGCUGAAUUUGCUGCCAAGAGCCUUGAGCAGGCUUGGACUCCUGGUUACGAGGAGACUUGGGGUGAUGAUUGGUUUGAGCUGACCAUGCUUUCAACUGCUGAGGGUUCUUCACAUGAUCACAUGGGUUCACAACAUGACCGUAGAGAUCUUUUCAAUGGUUUUCUUCAACGACGUUUGCGUUUGAAUCAUGGUGUUGUUUCUCCAGCUACUGAAUCUCAAGUUCAGCAGCCUUCCUCAUCUACGGCUUUGACCUCCAAUGGCCCCGAAGUUGGCAUCUCCUCCACUGGACUUCUCUCGCGAGAUCGGUGCGGAUCAGAGGGACUAUCGAAGUCUCCACACCUCCUGGCCAUGUUUCGGCGAUCACAGGAGCUCCGUGCCCAGUCCAACGGCUAUGCUCAAUGGUGCCUGUGCGAGAUCUGUGGUCUGAGGGUCUCUUACGUCCCGCGGGAAUCCUUCCACGGCAAGCAUGCGACUCAGGUGGACCACAAGGCUGUGGAGAUGGCCAUGAAGCAGCUCGAGAUGGAUCUUCGUCCCCACACUCUGAUGCCCGACAAGGACCUGGCCGAGACCAUGAUCCAGAUCCAUGUCAACGAAGCGCAGUUGGAAGCCCAGCACCUGAAGUUGCAGCGUCUUCAAGAACAUCAGAAGGCCCUGAGGCUGACCAACAAGCCUUCCACGAGCAGCGGUGCCAUCCCAUCAGUUCCAACGGAUGUGUGGCGCUACCUGAGUGCGGACGAGAAGACCAAGUUGCAACAGAUUGCCGAGAGCCGCCAUCAGGAGGAGGAGAAGAUGAAGGAGGAUCCGGAGCUGGAACUGGUGCAAGAUGUCACGAAGAUGGGCAACCUCUCAAUGGCCUAUGAAACUGUGGAUGCCGAGAUGUCUGCCGAGCACUACGGCAACGUUGAGUUGCUUGAAUCAGCCCAAGGCUUAGCGGCUGAGAUUGAAUUCAUGAUGUGUCUCUCAUGGAAGAUCAUCAAGGCCACUUUGGCUUUCCUGGGCAUGAUGACACUUGCUGCCCAGACUGGUCUUCGAGAUUUUCUGCAAGGUGAUCAAGUUGACGGCUGGGAGAUGUUCUGCUCUCCUGAGAGUUGGCUCACCGCUGCCUGCCGCAGUGAGGGCCUCAAGUUCAGUCGCAUCAACUUGGCUCAAGGCUUUGAUCUUUACAAGCCAAAAGUCUAUGAGGAGCUGAAGAAGAAAUACAAGCUGGAGCGUCCUCGAAGGAUCUGGGUCUCAACACGUUGCACAGUUUGGUGCCCCUUCACGUCCCUCAAUUUUCGGGCGGAAGAGCAGCGUGUUGUCCUGGAACAACGCCGUCGAAAAGAACGAACUAUGUUCAAACUUUUGAUCCCCUUCCUCUUGGACAUUCUUGAGAAUGACCCGGCUUGUGAACUUUUUUGGGAAUGGCCCCAUCGAUGCUAUGGCUGGGAUGAGCCUUGGAUUUUGCAUCUUCAACAUCGGCUACAAGAGCUUGGCAAGUCAUGGCAUUCCGCCAGAAUUGACGGCUGCCGCUAUGGGCUCCGUUCUGCCUCCGGCGGAUUCUUGCGGAAGUCUUGGAGGAUUGGCAUUACCUCCGAAAGCUUCUACCACUUCUACAAGUUGAAGACCUGCCAAGGAUGCCAUGAUCAUGAUCAAAUCCAAGGACUUGAAACUCAACGCUCAGCGUUUUACCCAUGGAAGCUUUGCAAGUCCAUUGCGCAACGAUGGCGCCAAGAACUUUUCCUUGACAAAUGGCUUUCAUUUCUUCAAGCUCCUGUGCCAACAAUGGUGGAACCUGAUGAGCAGCUUCGACUUCUAGGACUGAUGGAUGGGGCCUUGGACUUAUGCCCGGCAAUGGACUUAUGCCCAGGGAUGGAUUUGGACUUAUUCCCUGCAUCUUCAUCAGCUCUUGCUGUUCCUUGCACCAAAGAAGUCGAGCAAUGGAAAAUCCAGUUGCUGAAGUACCAUCGGUCAGCUGGCCAUCCGAGCAACUUCAACCUGGCACGCAUUUUGCGUGAUGCGGGACGUCCACAAUGGCAAGUCAAAGUUGCCCUUGCUCUUCGUUGCGAAGACUGUGCUGCGCUGAAAAUGGGAGGCUCUUCAAGCGGACAAGUGCCUCCGGCCUCUAUGAGACCUAUGCCACGAGCCUGGGAAUGCGUUGGCAUGGAUUGCACGGAGUGGACGCCACCGCAUGAGAAUCAAAAAUGCACUGUAUUGGUGUUGAUGGAUUUGGCCACAAAAUUCAAGGUCACCAAGAUUUUGAUGAAGUGUGGUUUGUCAGAACAAAAGGCCGAGACCACUGAACAGCUCCUGGAGGCAUUCACUCAACUCUGGCUUCAAGACAAGCCGAGGCCUGUGUACCUCAUCCCGGACAAUGCCAAGUCCAUGAUCUCUAUGCGAAUGCGUGAGGUGCUCUCUGACUUCAACAUUGUUUUGGACCCACCAGCACCGAAGGAAAGCUGGGCACAUGGACUCCUUGAACGUGCUGUUCAAGAGGUCAAAGAGGUAGCUUCCAAGAUCAGGUUGUCCAACACUGACUUGACCCCUGAAACUGUUUUGGCCCUGGCAACUCAUGCGCUCAACUCCACUGAAUAUGUGCAGGGCUACACACCGUUUCAAUGGGUCUAUGGAGCUCAACCUACUUUGACUGAUGAAGACAUCGCCAGCUUUAGCCUUUCACCUGAUGAUGCUGCCGGGUUGAACUAUGGUGCCCUUCUCAAAAAGCGUCAAGAAGCUGAGAAUGUUGCCUGCUAUGUGAAGGCGAUGCGCACCAUCAACAAGAUCAAGAACUCCAAGGUCACUACUCAAGAACGUUUGGACUUUGAGCUGCAUUCUGGUGAAGGCCCCAGUCAUUGGAAGUCUUUGGCAAACUACAUUCCUCAACGAUCCUUUGUAGAUUGUGUCCCUGAAGAGCCUGGUGAAGAUGAAGAAGAUUUGCCUCAACUUCCAAGUGAUCCCAGCACAACAGCUCUCCCUGGUCCAAAACCGAUGAUGCGGCAUUUCUACAAGCAUCCUGUUCGGAGGGUGACUUUUGCACAACCUCCUGCUGCAGAAGCUCAACCUGUGAACUCCUAUGAUCCUUCUUUUGCUGCAACUCCUGAUGAUGAUGAUGAACACCUUGGCAACACUGGCCUCGGUAGCGGCAUCCCAACCUUGGAAGAACGAUCAGGUAGUUCAAAAUCAAGACUUCUGCCUAGCGAGUCAGCUGCAGCCUCUUCUGAGCCUGAGUCCAAGAAGGCUCGCGUUGAUGAGGAUGGCCUGUUGCUAUCGUAUUUGGAGGUGGUUGAUGAGUGCUAUGUGCUUGAGUUUGACCUGGUCCUUGAAAAUGACCACCAGCAAAAACGACUUCUGGAAAACCCCAGUAUGUUUCUUGCUCAGAAAAUGCGAGAUUGUGAAGUGCGGUUGGAAAAACUUACACCAGCCCAUCGUGAACUCUUCAAAAGAGCCAAGGCGAAGGAAGUCAACAGUUUUCUUUCCAAUCAAGCUGUUCGACGUUGCGCUGAUAGUUUGGAGGAGGAGACUGCUCGAAACAGCGAUGUCUCUGAUGAACGCUGGCUGAAAAUACGUGCUUCCAUCGACUCCAUGUACAAGUGGGGGCAAUUGAAGAAGAAUGAGUACAGACAUGCUGGAACAGAUCUUUCAAUGAAGACCGAUCCAAUCUAUGGCAGAUGUUUGGUGGUUAAUCAAUCUUACUACAUUGAGAUGUUGGAAGGUGUGCAGAUUGACCCUCAAAGAGAACGCCGCCAAAGGCUCUCCAAUUAA